UUUACCGAUUCUACCUACGUAGUAGGAGUCAAGGUUUUUCAGUUUUGUACAAUUCUGAAUGAUUCUGAACAGUAAUAUUAAUAUUAACAAUAUAAACUGUAUGUAAAAGUAACGAUGGCAGUUAAACAAAAUACCAAACGAUCUAAAUGGGCUCUGGAUUUUGCUCACAAAAGUAAACAAGACAAAAAUGUGGAUAUUCCUGCUCCACCUGGCUAUACACCUGCUGUAGCAUUGUUUCAUGCUGUAGAUUCUAUUAGAGAAACAGAUUGGAAUCAUUUGAUAAUGAAAAAAUCAUGGGAUCUAGCUUUAGGUCCCCUUAAACAAGUUCCAAUGAAUUUAUUCAUUAUGUAUAUGGCGGGUAAUUCUAUAGCAAUAUUUCCUAUUAUGAUGGUUGGUAUGUUGAUCAUUAGACCAGUAAAGGCAUUAUUUACCCUUCAACAAACAUUCAAAGUGAUUGGAGGAACUCAUGCUUUCGGUCAGAAGUUUGUAUAUUUUUUGGGGCAAUUGGUAAAUAUGGUGCUGGCGUUGUAUAAAUGUCAAUCGAUGGGAUUACUUCCAACUCAUGCAUCUGAUUGGUUAGCAUUUGUAGAACCACAAGCUAGAUUAGAAUAUUCUGGUGGUGGAUUUAUAUAUGUAUGACGCAAAUCGCAAUUAAGUUAAAAAUAUUUAUGUACGUACAUACUUAAGACAAACUGCUGUUGUAAAUUCAAGUAUAUUUUACUUUAUGCAUAAAUUAUAAAGAA